AUGUCAGAGAUGUUCUGCACUUUUUGCAUGAUUCAAAGAGGAGAUGAAACUAAGCCUUAUGUCCAACACGUAGAGAUUGGGGUUGCAUUUUUUAAAGCUGCCCACAUUGUCAGUCGGCGUAUGAAUGGAUUACCCGAACGGCAGCUCCAAAGUGAUGCAUACUCGCUGAUAUGUGAUGACAUUGAGGCAGCUUUUCAUCUUUACACGACAUUUGGUCAUGUCCAAUCUGGUCUUGUCCAUGACCCGUCCACGGGACAUCACGGAAGCCUGUCAACUAAAACUGCGGUCGGUACACCGUUUAACGAGCAGACAUAA